GGUUCAUAUGUGGGGAGUAAACAAACAAAACCACUUUUUUUCCCACUGCUGGGGCUGAUUGAACUGUUUAAGUGAGGAGUCUAUCUCAGUGUUUUGAGUUUCUUUUUCUUCCUGAAACAUCUGAAUGUUGAGUCUGUGCGAAUCUGCGGGGGAGUACCGGUAAAGAAAGGAAGCAGCUGUCGGGAACUAUCGCGGACUCCUGAGUCAUCUUAUCGGCGCGGAGGCCCCGGUACGGCGCGUGCACUGCGCGCACCUGCCGCCCCUUCUUCUCUUGCCUUUCAUUUUCUCAGAAACUGACCUCUGACCGCCAUUAUGUGCCACUUUCUACCACAGGUGCGCGCCUGACCAUGUUGCUCCGGCUGCUCGUACUGUCUCACCUGCUGACCCGCGGAGAUCUGGUUUGUCUGAGGACACUGUUCUCCAAACCCGAGGAGUCACAGGAGCGUGAGGUGUUUGUAGAUGAGGGGGACGCAAACUCGUUCCUGGGUCGCCACCUGCUGUUCAACCGGUUUGACUUUGAGGUUUUCGUCCCUGGAAACCUGGAAAGGGAGUGCUAUGAAGAAGUGUGCAAUUAUGAAGAAGCUAGGGAGGUCUUUGAGAAUGUCCAACUUACAAAUGAAUUCUGGAAAAAAUACAUAUCAGAUGGCAACGAUUCAUCACGAGUGGAUGUGACGUCUCUUCUGGUGGGGCUCAUCACUUCUGGAGUAGCACUUAUAGUCGCUGGACUCCUGGUCUGGUAUUUCUGUCAAGGGAAAUGCAAGAACAACUUGAGCCGUGGAAAUUCUGUUCCAGUACGUAGGAGAAGGAGAAGUAAUGCUACUUUAAUAAUGCGACGGCUGGAGGAAGUGUCCCUGCAGCCUGCGCCCGGAGGCCCGUCCCAGUCGGAAGAAGCUGACCCUCCAGGGCUGCCGUCCUACGAACAGGCAAUAGCGAGCUGUGGACCGCAUGAUGCCCCACCUCCUCCCUAUCCUGGCUCACGAUCUGGAAGUAUUCCUCGGUAACCUUGAGACGUCUGCCAGCUUAAAACAGACAGACACUUCUCCACCAACAUCUGACACAACACUUUUGUAUUUCAUGAUCUUUUUUUUUAUCAUCAGAAUAUUUUUU